GUAAUUCCUUGGAUAAUUGCUUAAAUAUGGCUGUAAAUUGCUAAAUCCAUGGCAGAUGUUAGAAAGGUCUGCACUCUGCAGACUGCAGUACAGCAGUAGUGGCGUUUGGUUGAGAAAGAUGUUGAAAUGCCCUGUCCCUACAAUAAAUCCUCGUCAGUGGAAGGAAGAUCAUGUCGCGCCACCGACACUGCCCAAGGCCCCCACCCCAUACUCUCUUGGGAAAGGACUGUCCUAUUCUACCUCAUGCGCCCUCAAGAUGAAUUUUCUUUUCUGUCAUAAUCAUUCUAUCCGAAACAUCUUCAAUCUUCCUGUUGGAGUUGUGGUGUCAAAAGAAAAGAAGGGAGAGCUGCACCAAUAGCACGGCUGCAGCAAAGUACAGCAACAUCGAGCUGCACAAAAUGGCAGCAAACUUCUACUUCUUAGUCAAUGUGUUAGGUAGAAGUUAUUGUAUUAGGUAGAAAUUACUCUUAAUGUAUUAUGAGAUUUUUGCUAUAUAAUGGCAGAAGAUGAAUGAAGAAAAUGGGUUCUCACCUCACCAAAUGAGGAAACGCCGGGUGUCUCGCCUUCUCCUUCAAGUCCUCUCUCCGCCCUUUCCCCUAAAACCCCAACACUUCCCUCUAUGGAGUUGGGAUUCAGAGUCCGCUUUCUCUUACUUGUUCUACUUGAUAUUUAAAAUAAAUUUUUUUGAUUAAU